AUAAAAGCAGGUGGCUCUUAUAAUAUAAGGGGGGACUCGUGGAGUCGUGUAGUCCGGUAGUUUCGCUCCAACUCCAAAAUCAACCACAAUCACCAUGAUAGCUUUCACCAUGGCCACCACGAGGGUUGUGCCGGCCGUUAUAAUUGGCCGCGGACGAGUGGGAAAGGCCCUUCAUGACAUGGGAAAUGGUGAAGAUGUGUUGGUAAAGAGGGGAGAGCGUGUGCCCUUGGACUUCCCCGGCCCCAUCUUCGUCUGCACUAGGAAUGAUGAUCUUGAGGCAGUACUAGAAGCUACCCCUAAUUCUCGCUGGAGCGAUUUAGUAUUUUUGCAGAAUGGAAUGCUGGAACCAUGGUUACAAAGUAAAGGCCUAGGUGACGCCGACCAAGUUUUGGCAUACUUUGCAGUAGCUAAACUGGGUGAUCGCCCUACCGAUGGUAAAACGGAUGCAAAUCCCGAAGGCUUGACGGCAGCUUAUGGGAAGUGGGCAUCUGCAGUUGCUUCGAGAUUGCAUACUGGCGGGCUUUCCUGCAAAAUUCUUGACAAAGAGGGAUUUCAAAAACAAAUGUUAGAAAAACUUAUAUGGAUAAGUGCAUUCAUGCUUGUUGGAGCUCGCCAUCCAGGAGCAACUGUCGGCACUGUUGAAAAGGAGUAUCGCUCCGAGAAGAGUGCGAAAAGGAAUGCAGGAAAGGCAGUUCUUUGCAAUAAGAAAACUUCCGGAAAGCUAGAUAGACGUAAAGAGAGUCAAGGAAAAUAUAAGCUGACCCUAGCUGAAAAUCCAUAAUGUCAAAGAUAUGAAGUUUUCAAAAAGAAAAGCAGUCAACCCUUCAGAAAAAGAGUCCUAGAAUCUCAUAACUAGGCGAGAACAGAGGCUAUUAAGGGGCUUUUAUUCUAAUACCAAACUUGAAAUUCGAUUUCCUCAAAGGACAUAGGGUAAUGCUGCUAUAUAUAUAAGAUAAGCACAAAAAUCAGUUUUAUAAAACAUUGAUUUCUUUGAGCCAUGCAGUGUGCAAUGGACAUGGAUCAGGCUUUCCUGCAGCAAGUGCUUUCUCUGAGAGCGCAUAGAACCAG